AUGGCGAGGGAUCAGUCGUCGCGGAACGGAAAGGCUUCAUCGAAAGCCCCCCGCCAGAAUCCCAGAACCCUGAAACGAAAACGAAAUGAGGAUGAUAUCGCAACUCUCAAACAACGAGUUGCAGACCUCGAUCCUAAAGCUCCAAUUGAAAGCUUCACCGAACUACCGCUCUCCGAAGCGACGAGGCUAGGACUGUCUGCUUCGCAUUUUAAGACUCUGACGGAUAUCCAAUCUCGCGCGAUCUCGCAUGCGCUACGUGGACGAGACAUCCUCGGCGCUGCCAAAACAGGAAGCGGGAAAACACUGGCAUUCCUUGUCCCUAUUCUGGAAAACCUAUAUCGCAAACAAUGGACGGAAUACGAUGGGCUGGGGGCCUUGAUAUUAUCACCAACUCGCGAACUGGCAAUUCAGAUAUUUGAAGUUUUGCGGAAAAUUGGUCGACAUCAUACCUUCUCGGCUGGACUUGUGAUCGGAGGGAAAAGUCUGCAGGAAGAACGAGAGCGUUUGGGGAGGAUGAACAUCCUUGUGUGCACUCCUGGCCGUAUGCUACAGCAUAUGGACCAGACGGCGGCGUUCGAAACGGAUAAUAUACAAAUGUUAGUACUAGACGAAGCAGAUCGGAUCAUGGACAUGGGUUUUCAAAGCACGGUAGAUGCCAUUGUUGAGCAUCUUCCGAAAGAACGGCAGACAAUGCUGUUCAGCGCCACGCAGACGAAGAAAGUGUCAGACCUUGCACGACUGAGUUUACAGGAUCCAGAAUACAUUUCGGUUCAUGAAGCUGCUACGAGCGCGACGCCAUCAACCUUACAGCAGCACUACGUUGUGACGCCGCUGCCAGACAAGUUAGAUACCCUGUGGAGUUUCCUUCGAAGCAGUUUGAAAUCCAAAAUUAUCGUAUUCUUUUCCUCGAGUAAAGAAGUCCGAUUUGUUUACGAGGCGUUCAGACAUAUGCAGCCAGGUAUACCGCUUCUGCAUCUUCAUGGCCGACAAAAGCAGGGUGCGCGAGUGGACAUCACACAUAAAUUUUCCACGUCAAAAAAUUCAUGUCUAUUCGCUACCGAUGUCGUUGCAAGAGGUCUCGACUUCCCGGCUGUCGACUGGGUCAUUCAGCUUGAUUGCCCUGAAGAUUCUGACACCUAUAUACACCGAGUCGGUCGAACAGCAAGAUACGAACGAGACGGACGGGCUGUGCUCUUCCUAGAGCCCAGUGAGGAAAUAGGCAUGUUGUCACGUCUGGAACAGAAAAAGAUACCGAUCGAGAGGAUAAACAUCCGAGCAAACAAGCAACAGAGCAUAAAACACCAAUUGCAAAAUAUGUGUUUUAAAGACCCGCAGCUCAAGUACCUCGGCCAAAAGGCGUUUACAUCGUAUGUUAAAUCAAUACAUAUCCAAAAGGACAAGGAGGUAUUUGACGUGAAAGCGCUACCCCUGGAGGAGUUUGCAGCGAGUCUGGGCCUUCCUGGAGCACCACGCAUUAAAUUUAUCAAGGGAGAGGAUACUAAGUCAAGGAAAAAUGCGCCGCGACACCUUCAGCUUGUGUCAAGCGAUGAUGAAGAUGAAGAUGAAGAUGGGGAGGGUGAGGACGGAAACACUGAAAGCAAAAAGAAGAAAUCCAAGGAGCCGGAAGUGCGGACCAAGUAUGAUAGGAUGUUCGAGAGGAGAAAUCAGGACGUUUUCACGGAACAUUAUACCAAACUUAUUUACGAAGAUACAGAGGCCGGGAACAGCAGCAAGACAGGCAAUGCUACAGCCGAUGCUGAUGAAGAUUUUCUUGCCGUUAAGCGGAGAUACGACGUCGAAGAGGAAGUUGAUGACCCGACUACGAAAGACUCUGAUACUGGUAUGCAAGUAAAGAAGGUUGCCGGGGGAGUUCUAGCAGUGCAAAUUGCUGGUAAAGAUCCACUUCUUAUCGACUCCAAUCGACGAGAGAAGCUACUUCAAUCGAGAAAGAAGCUUCUCAAAUACAAAAGCCCCGGUAAGAAACUUGUUUACGAUGACGACGGCAACGCCCAUGAGAUCUACGAGCUGGAGGAUGAAGACGACUUCAAGAAGAGAGGUGAUGCUGAGGCACAGCGAGCCAAGUUCCUUGAGCUUGAGACCGAACGGGCGCGGCUGGCAGAUGUUCGCGACAAGGAGAUUGCGAAACAGAAGAAGCGGGAGAAAAAGGAACAGCGACGAGAGAGAGCCAGGGCAGAACGAGAGGCAGCGGCCGAGGAAGAGGGCGCCGGACCAGUGGCUGUCCUUGCGCCCUUUGAAGGGGAAGAAGGAGGGGAAGAUGACAUUCCCGACGGUGAAAUGGAAGACGUCAAAAUCCAACCUCCGAGCAAGAAACAAAAGAAAUUCCGACGAGAUGAUGAAGAAGAAGCUAGCAAUGGACCAAGGAAGAAUACCAAGAUCACGUUCAACGAGCCGGCUGAGGUGCAAACGCUGGAGGACCUGGAAGCGUUUGCAAGUGGCUUGCUUGGGUGA